AUUCAUGACCAAUAGGGUUGAAUUUCAAUAUAAACGGGGUACACUAAAAAUAUUCAUAUUAUAUACAUAUUUGAUUUAAUUCUAUUUUGGAUGAAAGGAAAUUCGGUCUUCUGACGUAAAUGUUGACAUAGCUACCCAACAUGAAAUAGGUCAAACUUUGAACUAUUUAAACAGGCGAUAACACAUAAAUAGUGUAUACAGGCCGACACGCCGCACAGGUAUUUAAUCACGGGACUAGACGGAAGGUCGAAAGAACAGGGAGGCCAUGUUGGAUUUUCAGUAAACUGCUCGUGUGAUCCCGGCGUCAGAAAUGCAUCCCCGGCGCAGUGCUCAGGAAGUCCUAUUGUGUAACCUCUGUGAAACUGCCGCCCUACAUAGUCGUUGUGAAGUUUGUAAUAUUAAUCUAUGUAAGGCCUGUGUUGGGGACCACCUCUCAGAUUCCUCUAAACAACACAAUGUUAUGCCCUUUUUGCAACGAAAGUCUACACCUAACUACCCGAAAUGUCCCAAACACGCCAACGAACUCUGUAAACAUCACUGUGAGAAGUGUGACAUUCCUGUCUGUAUUACCUGCGUCUCCUCAGGUAAACAUAGAGGUCACAAGUUAUCAGACUUUCUUGAGAAACUCAGUGCUAAAACACAAAAUUUACAAAAGGAUUUAAAGGAACUCGAGACCAGAAUUUAUCCCCGAUAUCAAAAAAUAGCGUCCGAUGUCCAAACUGAAAAAGCCAAAAUAGAAACAAAUUACGGGAAAUUGACAACAGCUACCGAGCAAGAAGGUGAAAUUUUACACCGGGAGAUCACCACCAUCGUCAACCGACAGAAAUCAGACAUUCAGGAGAUGAAAAACAAACACCUAUAUACCCUGAAUAAAAAUACAGAAGAAAUCAUACAGAAAAUUACUGAACUCAAGCAGAUCAUUUCCGACUUGAAAUCAAUACUAAAAUCAAAUGACGUCUCCUUAACCUCUACUUACAAAUCUAGAAAUUCCGAAUUUAGAACAUUACCGCCUAAAGUCCAAGUUACAUUGCCGAGUUUUACUCCUCAGAAAAUAAACACAGACCAGCUCCGGGAAAUGUUUGGUUCUCUGUCACCAUUAUCCAUUAACACAGAACAUGGCGACACAAUGAAGUCAGCAGAAGCUGUACCGUCUCCUCCAGUCAAACCAUUGCUUGAUGAACCUCGCCUCACCGCCACCAUAGACACUGAGUAUAGCUCACUAUGCAGUGUUAGCUGUCUCAGUGAAGAUCAAAUUUGGACAUGCGGGGAUAACGAAACCAUGAAGCUCCUCAACCUCCAGAGUAAACUAAUGACAUCAAUAAAAACGAAGUCAGGGAAAAAACUAUCAGAUAUAGCAGUGACAAGGGACCGAGAUCUUGUGUAUACUGAUUAUAGUAAUAACACUGUAAACCUAAUUAGGAAUAAAAAGAUACGGACCGUUAUCACACUACAGGGGUGGAAACCUCACAAUGUCUGCUGUACCGCCUCUAACGAUAUCCUGGUUACCAUGGUCAGUAAUGAUGGAAAACAAUCCAAAGUUGGGCGUUACUCUGGCUCAACAGAAAAACAAAGCAUUCAGUUUGAUGAUCAAGGUCGUCCGCUCUAUUCAGCUGGUCGUUAUAUCGAUAAAUACAUUAGUGAGAACAAGAAUCUGGAUAUAUGUGUGGCUGAUUGGGCAGCUAGAGCAGUAGUGGUGGUCAAUCAGUUAGGAAAACUCCGAUUUAGAUACACUGGUCAUCCCUCUAAUACCGAACAAUCAUUUACUCCAGUCGGCAUUACUACAGACAGCCAGAGUCACAUCCUGACAGCAGACUGUGACAAUCACCGUAUCCACAUUCUAGAUCACGACGGACAGUUCCUCCGUUACAUUCACUGUGAUUUAUGCGAUCCAUGGGGUUUAUCUGUUGACAUCAGAGACAAUCUCUUUGUGGCUGAGUAUUACACUGUUAAAGUGAAGAAAAUCCAAUAUAUGUAAAAACAGUGUUAAUUACACAUAUGAGCACAGUGUUAAUUACAUCUAUCAAAAUUGUGUCAAUUACACUUUUCUGCAGUGCUAUUUACAUCAGUGUGUUGAUUACAACUGCCUGUUAAUUACAGUUCUUUGUUAAUUACAACCCUGUGUUAAUUACAGCUCUGUGUUUGUGAUGUGUAAUGUACUUGUGUUUGUGAGUUUAACUGAUAGAACACUAGUAUCGCAAUGCUUUUUACUAAUUAUAUCUUACAAUAUCAAUAUCAUUAUGUUUAGUGGAACAUUAUUAAUUUUAGAAAACUAAUUCCUAAUUUGACUGUGUUACUAAUUAUCUAUAUACAAUCUUUUGUGGACUAGUUUGACUGUUACUAUUUAUCUAUCUAUAUACAAUCCUUUGUGCACUAAUUUGACUGUGUUACUAGUUAUAUAUCUCUAUACAAUCUUUUGUGGACUAAUUUGACUGUGUUACUACUUAUCUAUAUACAAUCUUUUGCUGACUAAUUGGACUGUGUUACUAGUUAUCUAUAUACAAUCUUUUGUGGACUAUUUUGACUGUGUUACUAGUUAUCUAUAUACAAUCUUUGGAGGACUAAUUUGACUGUGUUACUAGUUAUCUAUAUACAAUCUUUUGUGGACUAUUUUGACUGUGUUACUAGUUAUCUAUAUACAAUCUUUGGAGGACUAAUUUGACUGUGUUACUAGUUUUCUGUUUUUAUACAGUUUGUUGUGAACUAAUGUGACUGUGUUACUAGUACUUAAAUAUUGUUAUUUUGUUUGUUUAUUUUAUCUUUCAAUAUGCAUGUCACUUUUCAAUGUGUGUAUUAUAGAUAAACAUGAUUAAGA